UCCGCGGGGACUUGCACUGGUUCUUCGGCGCGAGAGAUGGUCGUGUAUCAUGAGCGGGUGGCCCGGGCUGAGGACCGAUUGUGAGGCGUUGCUUACUCGGUUCCAGCAAGCCGAGAGUGUCCGCUUUGAAGACUUCUCCACGAUCUGGAGGCAGAACCGUUUCCACACCAUUUUUUAUGGUAAAAUAAGGACUCCAGAGCAGAUCAAGUUCACCAAAGAAGCUUUAGCUCUGGUAUGGCCCUACUUUUUGCCUCCGUACACUUUCCAGAUCCGAGUUGGUGCCCUUUAUCUUCUGUAUGGCUUGUACAACACACAGCUGUGUCAACCAAAACAAAAGAUUAGGGUUGCACUUAAAGAUUGGGCGGAAGUCAGUAAAUUCCAGCAGGAGCUUUUGGAUGCACAGCACUAUGAUGCAGCAUAUAUCUUCAGGAAACUCCGGAUGGACAAAGCAUUCUAUUUCACAGCAAUGCCCAAAUUUCUUUCAUUUAGGACUAAAAAGAACAUGCAUGAUAAAACUGAGAUGAAGAGGGAAUUCAGAGAUCCUACUGAUCGUGUUGCCAUGCUUUGCCAAGAAAAUUUCUUGGAGGAAACCAAAAACAUUCAUGAGCACUACCAAAGAAUGAAAUGUCUGAUCUCUAUGGACCAAAAUCAGCCAGAUAGAGCUAUCAGUUUGAUUAAAGAUGACUUCAUAGCCAAUUUCCAAGAUAUCAUUCUGGAAUAUCAGCAGUGGCAGAAAAAGAAAAUGGAACCACCCUUAUCUACUGUGGGUGACGAAAUGAGGAAUAGAAAAGAAGGUUGUUCCCAAGAGUCUGAAGGAUCUGGCAGAGCUAAAGCAUUAGCUGACAUCAAAUCCAGAUCAUACUCUGCAGUUGCUCAGGCUUCGAAGUCCCGGCGACAUCGCCAAGUUAAGCUAGAGUCUUCUGAAUUGGGAUCAAAUCAUGGGAAAACCAGAGUGCUUAGAGAUAAAAGAGGCAGAAAACGUUUACAGCCAGCGAAGAAGACAGAACGCCUGCAAAACAUAGGCACGUUGCUGCUGACAGUACAGGAAAAUACUGGGAGACUGAACAUGCCUGUGAUUGGAGAUGAUGAUGAUGAUGAUGAUGAUGGAGAACAAGAAAAUGAUCACUCGAGUGAUGAAGAUUUCAUACCCACUAAGAGGAAAAAGAGAGUAUCUUAAGGAAAAAGGUCAUGUAUGAAACAUCUGUGUGAAUUAAUUGUGUUUCCAGCCAGGGGAUGAGGCAGUCUGAGUGACCCAAUGCUAUACUGUGAACUGGACACUGUUGUUAAGAAGGCACAAAGGCAGAAAAGACAUCUGAUAAAUGCUGAUAAGCAUUCCAUAUAAUUUACUUCAUAGAAGAUUAUAAUGGAUUCUUUAUUCAUAUUUAAAAUAGAUUUUGGUAAAAGAGUUUGUUUCAUUUUUAAAAAGUCUUUAGUCAUGUUAAUUACAUGGAAGAAGAAGCUCUUUCUUGUACUGGACAAUAACUGAUUUGUAAAUGCAGUGCAUAUGUAUAUUUCAGUGUUUUAUGUGGCUAUAUAAUUCCUGCUUCCAUUACUACAUUUAUAAUUUUGAUAGCUAAGUUAUUGUUAGAAGAACCUAGAAAGAAAUUAAGUUCUGAAUAAGCUAGAGAUUUAACAUUUUUGCACUGUCGAAGGUUAUGGAAUUGCAUCUCUGCUGCUGCUUGUGCAAAACUGGGGAAUGAACUAUUAUGAGAAUGAAAGAUCCUCAUGGAAAUGUAAUGUGAAUCUAGAUUUGUGUCACAAAGGAGAAGAUAGAAAAGCAGAUGCUUCCCAGUUUAAAGAGUUGAAAUUACAGAUAGGCUGAAAUGUGAUGUACUGUAACAAGUUGAAGUAAAUCAUGGUUUUUGUCCUGGCUUGUUUCAAUAUUGUUUUAAUAACAAUAAUAAAAGACAAUGCAAACUAAACUCAGAAAAAGAAUACAGAAAGAAUAGGAAGUG